AUGUCGUCUAUCGCAGUCGAGUCAUCCAGACCCCUGGCUGUGGAUGGUCCGCCGUCUCCUUCUCCCAGGACUGCUUCGAUCUCUCUCCAAGCUGCUGCCAUACUCAACGCCGGCCUGCAGCGAGAGGAACCUUCUCGCCGUUCCUCGAGCAGCUCCGCGUCUCGAAGCCGACAAUCCCCCAGCUCCGGUCGCCGCCGAUCUCAGGUUCUUAUGAACCUCCAGAUUGCCGACCCAAGCACACCGGGACCGGGCGAGAUGAUCGCAGAACCCCACCCUCAAGGUGGCAGCGUCCGUGCCGCCAGUCCCCAGCCCUUCUCGGCAUCUCCCCGACUGAUGGCCUCGGGCGAGCCGCGCCACUUUCGGACCCCUAGCCUCGGAGAGCUCCACCAGGAGCUCGAGAACGAGCAGGAGUUCCAGGUCAACCGGCUACUGCAAGAGAUCCGCCGGUUGCAGCAGCAGGUUCUGCGUCAGCAGCAACCCGGAGGUCUGCCUUCCUCCACCUCCAACGUUGGAGAAGAAGUGUCGGAUCGGGCCGUGCCACUCCCCAUCCCGUCAUCAUCGGCAAUACAAUCCGCCCACCCUGCUCCAGGCGCCCCUGGAUCUUCGCUUUCACGAUCACCCGGCUUCCCGCACCACCCUCGCAGCUCGUUCGACUUGGCACGCGUUGAUCUGCAACGCCGGUCUAGGACCCCGAGUCGAGGCGCCUCGCCUAGGCUCCGCGCCACUUCGAUCAGCGGCGAGAGCGGGGAGCAGUGGGUUCUUGGCGGCCGUGACGAGAGCGCUUUCUACCAGGCCGAGACGCAAAUGCUGAUUCGAGAGAAUCAAAUGCUCCGCCAUCGGAUCCGUGAUCUUGGCAAAACAGAACGGCAACUGUCGGAGUUGACUGGCACCGCAACCGCCAUCUCCACUACCCACGAGCCUUCACAUUCUUCCCAUUUGCACCAAUCGACAUCUAUUUCCGAAGAAGAAUCUGCUAGGCUAGCCUUGGGGACAGCCACGCAGUCGUCAACUACAGGGGACGAUUGA